AUGAAUUAUUAAUCAUUACCUUAAUUACAAAAAUUCAAAUAGAUUGCUCAAACUCCAGAUGAAAAUUCAAAAAGAGGUGACGAAGUGACUAGAUUGAAAUAAUAAGUUGUUCAAUUACAAAAAUAAAUUGAAUUUAUUCAAUAGAACAAAUCAUUUGUCAUGAAGAUUCAAAAUUAGUAAUGCACUCUCUGUCUUAGAUAUAAAGUACUAAGGUACUUGAUUUAUUGUAGACCUAAAUUGAACAAUUAAUUAAACAAGAAAAAUAGAUCAAGAAAUAAUAUGAAUAAAAAAUUGAAGAAUUAUUAUAAAGUUUAAACAAAAAAAGUCUCAAGUAAAAGAUUACAUAAAUCCAAUAAACUGAAAUAGUUCCAACUUUGAAUAAAGAAGUUUAGGUGUAAUUGAUGUUAGAGUAAGAACCUUAAUAAAAUGAUAUUGAAAAUUUAAAGCAAUCUCCUUUGGUUAAAAAAUAUGAAGAAAUUAUAAUUGAUUAUCAUAAAGAUUAUGAAGCCAAAGCCUAUUAAGUAUUAUAGUAUAAAGAAUUAUAUGAAAAAUAAAAAUCACAAUAUGAAUAAUUUAAAUCUUAACAUUAAAAUUGUUAUGAUAAGAUUCAUAAAUUAUAAAUUGAAAUUAAUUUACUCAAAGAUACUUCAAAUUAAUAUAAACUACCUGAUAAUAUCAUGAAUCUUAAAAAGACUAUUGAUUGUACAAUUGAAUAAAAUAAAAUGAAUCAAAUUGUAAUGAAGACUUAAGAAGGUGAUACUACAAUUAAAUUAUAUUAGAAGUUAUAAUAAAUUGAGACUGAUCUUUACAUAAGUCUUAGAUGUACAAAAUGCAAAGACAUGUUUACAAAUCCAUUUACAUUUGUUCCUUGUGGUCAUAGUGUUUGUUAAAAAUGUUAGAGCAAUAGGUGUGAUAAAUGUGAUAGGGAUACUACGUAUUUUAGAAACAAUAGUUUAGAUUAUUUGAUAAAGAUGUAUCAUUAAAUAAGAGAAAUUUAAUAGAAAAGAUGA